AUGAAGUUCGAGGGACACGCGAUCGGAUACGCCUGGGCGUUCGCCGCGGCGACGGCGAACGCGUCGCAGGAUAACCUGAGAAAGCUCGCGAGUGGACGGGCGCGGCCGGUGGAGAUCGUGGCGCUGAGCGAGAUCGUGAACGUCGUCGUCCUGGGCGCGCUGGUGCUCGCGCGAGGGAGAGGCGAGAAGCUGAUCGAGGCGUACGGGCAAACGGAGCUCGUGUUGCUGGCGCUCGCGGCGGGGGUGCUGAAGUUUGCGUGCGCGGCGGCGCUGCAACACGCGCUGCGGUUGACGCCGCUAUCGCUGUGCGUCCCGUAUUUCGCAUUCACGCCGUUGUUUUUGCUGGUGAUGAGUUUCUUCUUGGUGCACGAGACGCCGACGGCGCAAGGGGUGGCUGGGGUGUGCGUGAUCACCGCCGGAGCGUACAUGUUGAACGCGAACGGGGCUACGGGUGAGGAGGGAAAGUUGGAGAAGAGUCCGAGGUUAGAGGAGGGAGGGAUCGUUGCGGAAGACAGCGUAAAUACAUUCGGUACGAGAAGACGCCCGAGUGCCCGAGGACCGCUCGAUCAGUUGGUGCCCGCAGGAUCGUCUUGGCACUUUGACGACGCCGAGCUCGCGAAGCGUGGUUGCCUUAGACGUUCGCUCACUACGCAAAUGUCCACCUUGCGGGCGAAUCCCGGGAGUUUAAUCACUCUCGGCAUCGCCGCAAUGUACGCGCUCGUGGCAGAUCUGGAUAAGCUCGGCAAGCUGCACACGACGGAUUUGCUCGUCUUCAUGUUCAUGCAGCGCGCGUUUCUCUUAGUGCUCCCUCUGGCGUACGUUCUCAUCCGUCGUCGAGGCGCAUUUGUCGCGCUGGCCGCCUCGAAGAAAGUGGCCGUCGCCAUAGCCCUCAUAGGUCUCCUCGAUAUCGCCUCCAUGUUCGCCUUUCUCGAGGCACUGAACUAUAUAUUCACCAGCUACGCCGUCGCCGCAAAGCGUACAAGCAUACUGGCAAGCGUCCUGGGCUCCGCCGUCUUCUUCAAGGAACCCAUCGCCCGCCGCCUGCCCUACGUCAUGAUCAUGUUCGCGGGUAUGGCACUCAUCCUCUUAGCCGACGCGAAGCACUAG